UGCAAGGACACUCACUCCAGAAUUUAAGGUGCGCAGGCUACAGAGACACCCUGCAGCCACAGAAAGAAAAAGGAACCGGUCGAAACACACAACGUGUCCAGUGAGGACUUCACGAGAAUCCCAUGACAAUGGCCGCUCAGAGGAAGCGCCCCGCCCGCAGCAAGCUGGUCCUGCUCUGCCUUUUCCUCGGGAUUCCGUGGGAAGCCGGAGGCCGGCAGAUUUACUACUCCGUUCCCGAGGAAUCAGAGAAAGGCUCCUUCGUGGGCAACAUCUCCAAGGACCUGGGGCUGGAGCCCCGCGAGCUGGCGGAGCGCGGAGUCCGCAUCGUCUCCCGAGGUAGGACGCAGCUUUUCGCUCUGAACCCCCGAGGCGGCAGCUUGGUGACCGCGGGCAGGGUCGACCGGGAGGAGCUCUGCGCCCAGAGCGCGCGGUGUCUGGUGAGCUUUAACAUCCUUGUGGAAGAUAAGGUGAAGCUUUUCGGGAUAGAAAUAGAAGUAACUGAUAUCAAUGAUAAUGCCCCGAAAUUCCAAGCGGAGCAUCUUGACGUAAAAAUCAAUGAAAACGUCGCUCCGGGAACGCGUUUUCCCCUUCCGGAAGCGGUUGAUCCGGAUGUGGGAGUGAACUCCCUACAGAGCUACCAGCUCAGCCCCAACAAACAUUUCUCCCUGGGAGUUCAGAGCCGUGCCAGUGGUGUCAAGUACCCAGAGCUGGUGCUGGAGCGCGCCCUAGAUCGCGAGGAAGAGGCUGUUCACCACCUGGUCCUCACCGCCUCCGACGGAGGCGACCCUCUCCGAUCAGGCACUGUCCUCAUCAGUGUGACUGUCUUCGAUACAAAUGACAACGCGCCGGUCUUCACCUUGCCCGAAUACCGAGUGAGUGUUCCCGAAAACUUGCCGGUGGGCACUCAGCUGCUGACGGUCACCGCCACCGACAGGGACGAAGGAGCCAAUGGAGAAGUGACUUAUUCAUUUCGAAAAUUACCUGACUCACAGUUGUUGAAGUUUCAACUAAACAAAUAUACUGGGGAAAUAAAAAUAUCAGACAACCUAGAUUAUGAGGAAACGGGUUUCUAUGAACUGGAAAUACAAGCGGAAGACGGAGGCGCGUACCUUGCAACUGCAAAGGUGAUGAUCACAGUAGAAGAUGUAAAUGACAACAGUCCAGAGGUGACCAUCACAUCCCUGUUUAGCCCAGUGACGGAAGAUUCUCCUCUGGGAACUGUCAUAGCCCUUUUAAACGUCCAUGAUUUAGACUCUGAGCAGAAUGGGCAGGUAACCUGUUCCACCUCAGGGAAUUUGCCAUUUAAAUUGGAGAAGUCCAUUGAUAGCUAUUACAGAUUGGUGACACACAGCGCCCUUGACAGAGAACAGGCAUCCUCUUAUAAUAUCACCAUAACAGCCACAGAUGGGGGAAGUCCACCUCUAUCGGCAGAAACCCACUUUACUCUGCAAGUGGCAGACAUCAAUGACAACCCACCCACAUUCUCUCACAUCUCCUAUUUUACCUAUAUCCCAGAGAACAACCCCAGGGGUGCCUCCAUUUUCUCCGUGACAGCCCACGACCCAGACAGCAAAGAGAAUGCCCAGAUUAUUUACUCCCUGGCCGAAGGCACCAUCCACGGAGCACCUCUAUCCUCAUACGUAUCUAUCAACUCAGACACUGGUGUCCUGUACGCACUCAGAUCCUUCGACUGUGAGCAGUUUCGUGAUCUACAGGUGCAGGUGACUGCCAGUGACCGUGGGGAACCGCCACUCAGCAGCAACGUGACGCUAAGCCUGUUUGUGCUGGACCAGAAUGACAACGCGCCUGAGAUCCUGUAUCCCGCCCUCCCCACCGACGGUUCCACAGGCGUGGAGCUGGCACCCCGCUCCGCAGAGCCCGGCUACCUGGUGACCAAGGUGGUGGCGGUGGACAGAGACUCGGGCCAGAACGCCUGGCUGUCCUACCGCCUGCUCAAGGCCAGCGAGCCCGGGCUCUUCGCGGUGGGGCUGCACACGGGCGAGGUGCGCACGGCGCGGACGCUGCUGGACAGAGACGCGCGCAAGCAGAGCCUCGUGGUGGCCGUCCAGGACCACGGCCAGCCCCCUCUCUCGGCCACCGUCACGCUCACCGUGGCCGUGGCCGACAGGAUCCCUGAAGUCCUGGCCGAUCUGGACAGUCUAGAGUCUCCCGCCGACUCCGAAACGUCAGACAUCACGCUGUACCUGGUGGUGGCGGUGGCCGCGGUCUCCUGCGUCUUCCUGGCCUUCGUCAUCGUGCUGCUGGCGCUCCGGCUGCGGCGCUGGCACAAGUCGCGCCAGCUCCAGGCUUCCGGCGGCGGGCUGGUGGGCCUGCCCGCCUCGCACUUUGUGGGCGUGGACGGGGUGCGGGCCUUCCUGCGGACCUAUUCCCACGAGGUGUCACUCACCGCGGACUCGCGCAAGAGCCACCUGCUCUUCCCCCAGCCCAACUACGCGGACAUGCUCAUCAGCCAGGAGAGCUGUGAGAAAAAGGAUCCUAUGUCUUUGCUAGAUGAUUCGAAGUUCCCCAUAGAAGAUACCCCUUUGGUUCCAGUGAGUUUUACUUUUACUCUGUUUCUCUCGUUUAAAAAAUUAUAUUGGUUUUACUUUUAAGUUUGCAACAUGAUGGUAGAAAACGUAAAUAUUUAUUUUUGUCAUCACUUUUGUUUCCAUUUCAAUGAUACUUGCCUCUUGCUAAAGCGUUGA